CAGGAAAUUGAGAUUAUUCACACAAGCAAACAUGACGUCCCAAGAAUAUGGUCCGGCCAAAGAUGCUCAGCAAGAGACCUUCAAGGAGCAGCUCGACAAGGCUGCGGAGGAUACUCGAGCUGCAGAGAACCAAAAGCCGAACCCCAUUGUCGAGAAGAUCACUGAAUACGUCCCCGCUGCCGCCAAAAUCCUACCUGGGAAGCAGAGCCCGUCUAGAGACGAAGUCAAGCCAGAUGGUCCACCAGAGCGACCUACUCAUGAUGACAAGAUUGAAGAGUUUGUGAGGGACCAGCAUCGAAGCCAGGGCACAGACGGCAUCCUUGGUUCCUCCCCCAACGACGAGUGAUGGAUGAACAGUCUUUGCUGUAUCGAGACAUGAUUGUACUUUUAGGGUUAUUGGCGAAAACGAUGCGACGGCCGUAUUGAAUGAAUACAUGUAUCAAUCACAUGCA